AUGGAAAAGCUGACCGAACAAGAAUUGGCUGAGUACGCAAAGAGUUUUGGUCUGCUGAUCAAGAAUGAGCACGGAGUGGUCACAAUUAACGAACUGCGCGUUAUGGUCCACACUUUGGGCGAGAAUCCCACGGAAACCGAGCUCGAGGAGACAUUCAGGGCCUCGGACAUUGAUGGGAAUGGCGAGAUCGAUUUCAAGGAGUUCUGCUUCGUAAUGCACCGAUUCGAAAAGGAAGAGAAGCGCCAGCUGUGCGAGUCAUUCAAGAUGUUCGAUCAGGAUGGCGACGGCUACAUUGGCGGCGAGGAUCUGGUAAAUGUGUGGAAGAGCAUGAACAUUCAACCCAAGAAUGUGCUUAUCGAAAGAAUGCUGAAGGCUGGCGAUCUCGAUGGCGAUGGCAAGAUCAGUUGCGCCGAAUUUGUGACCAUGAUGCAGAAGCCGUUUGCUCAGAAACAUCAGCAGAGAGAAACGUCCGCAUAGUGAGGGCUGGAUUUUGUGUCGUACUAAAUAUCUUUGACUUAAAAUUCACAAUGAAAUUUGAAAAGUAGUAACUUAUACGCAAUAAAUAAUAGUACAAAUUU